GUAAGAAAUACCAGGCUUUCCACACCCAUUCUGCAAAGCUGAAGAUUUAGAAUCUUUGUGCGUAUAUAAACAGCUAACACAAUCAUAUUGAUUCAUUGACCCAAUUCACAGUCUGGCAAAGUUCCACCAAGAAUUUGAUGGUGAAAGCUGAUACAAUGAAGGUGUUUCUUGCCGUACUAUUUGCUUCAUUGGGACUGACCUUAGCAUCUGCUGCAUGCCCAGAAUGUGCCAGCGAUGAAACAUGUAACAGCUCCACUGAAAAAUGUGACUGUAUUUUGGCUACAUAUAAUGAAACAGAUUUACCACCAUUUCCAAGUGUUAAUUGUAAUAAUGGAACAAUGAACAUAUAUAUAUCUAAGUGCCAGUUGGAGAAAAGUAAAUAUAAUUCCUCCAAUUUACAUCUUAACGACACCGCCUGCGUGGGAACUGGUGAGAUUCAAAAUGGCCUUUCUCAAAUAGCUUUCCACCAGACGUUGAAAACCGGAGAGUGCAAAAACAAAGUAAUAAUGAAUGAUACUCAUGUUACUUUUUACAAUACUUUGUACAUAAGCCCCCAAAUAAGUAAUGUAGUUGCCAGAAAGUAUGUGAAUAUGAGUUUCUCUUGCUCUUUCCCAGUGAAAUUUAAUAUUGCACUCGGUCCGGUCUUAAAACCAGUAAUAGGGAGCACCCAAAUAUCUGCACCAGGCACGGACUCUGUCUUCACUCUAAACAUGAUUGCAUUUAAAGAUGAUGAAUUCACCCAAGUAUUGACAGCUGAGCACACACUGUAUGUGGAAGAUACAAUAUAUAUAUCAGUGUUGGUUCCGAAUUUAGAGGCAAAUACAUUUGCUGUCAGAGUGGUCUCUAUAUAUGCCUCUGCAUCUGUAAAUCCAGCCACUGGGCCAAACUAUAACCUGCUUUCUAAUGGAUGUCCAGAUAAAACUAUCAAUGGUAAUCUACUGAAAGUGAUAAAGAAUGGAAAUGGUUCUGAAGCCCGGUUCGCAAUGAAAGUCUUCAAGAUUGCCAGUUCAGACUUUGUCAACCUAUUUGCAAAUGUUACACUCUGUCAGGAUAGUUGUGUACCGGACUGCAGCUCCAGGUCAGUCGAUUUUAGAGCGGACAAUUUAGCAACAUUGAGUGUGUCCUUGACCGCAGAAGAAAUCAUAAAUGUAUCGGGUGCCUUCAACAGAUUUUCCAUGGCAUGGACUCUGAUUUUGCUUAUCAUGUCUUUUAUCUUUGUUAAUUUAAUGUAAUGUGGCUAAACCACUCAAGGCUUAAAGUAAUCUUUACUGAAAUCUUUACUUCUUGUGUAUGAUGUGUGAAUCCCCUAAGUGUACGUCUUAACAGUAGAUCAAGGAGUAGAAGGUGUAGCUUCCAGUAGUCCUAGUGUCUAGCAGGAAUGAGCAGCAGAUAUGUGCCUUCAUCAGUGACUAAAGGAGUCAACAACAAGCAGCACCAGAGGUCUUCUGUUCCCUUCCACUAAACACUUCACACAGAAGCACCAUCAUCACUAAAUACUUUUGGACUUGGACGCUCAGUCAAAUCUGCAUCCUCCUCUAUAUGUUUAGUUAUCUGACUUCACAUUACUAUUGCUGACAUCUCUAAAAACAUAUGCCAGUUUAAAUCUGGACAAACAGUUUAAAAAAUGAUGAAAUAAUACCAUUGUGCUUGUGGGUUCUUUGCUUGGCUGAAUGCAAUGCUUAAUCAUUAAUGUCUAAUCAUUUAAUAAAGUUAAGAGCAAA